AUGUCAAUGAUUGGGAAUUGUGAAGGAUUCCAGCCUGUGUCUCUGAAGCAAGAGGGAGAUGACCAACCCUCUGAGACUGACCAGCUGUCCAUGGAGGGGGACCCAGACAAGCACCCAGUGCCAAGGCAGAUUUCAAGACAGCCAAGUGUGACUGAAUCAGCACUCUACCCCAAUCCUUAUCACCAGCCUUAUAUCUCACGGAAGUACUUCGCUACACGGCCAGGCGCCAUUGAGACCGCGAUGGAAGACUUGAAAGGCCACAUAGCCAAGACCUCUGGAGAGACAAUUCAAGGCUUCUGGCUCUUGACAGAGAUAGACCACUGGAACAACGAGAAGGAGAGGGUUUUGCUGGUCACAGACCAGACUCUCUUGAUCUGCAAGUAUGACUUCAUCAUGCUCAGCUGUGUGCAGUUGCAGCGGAUUCCCCUGAGUGCUGUCUAUCGCAUCUGCCUGGGCAAGUUUGCCUUCCCUAGGAUGUCACUGGACAAGAGACAAGGAGAAGGCCUUAGGAUCUACUGGGGGAGUCCAGAGCAGCAAUCUCUACUGUCCCGCUGGAACCCGUGGUCCACUGAGAUGCCUUAUGCUACUUUCACUGAACACCCCAUGAAAUACACUAGUGAGAAUUUCCUCAAAAUUUGCAAGUUGUCUGGAUUCACGUCUAAGCUAGUUCCAGCUAUCCAGAAUGCCCACAAGAAUUCCACUGGAUCUGGAAGAGGAAAGGGACUGAUGGUGUUAACUGAACCCAUUUUGAUUGAGACGUACACGGGCCUGAUGUCAUUCAUUGGAAACCGCAACAAACUUGGCUAUUCCCUCGCCCAUGGGAGUAUUGGUUUUUGAGACUCUUUGGUGUAUAAGUAGAUCAUCCAUAGAUAUAUCAUUGAAGAUUCUGUUUCAGCCCACCAUAUUUUGGAACUGAAACAGCUAAUUACUUUUAAAUAGUAUUAUAUGAUUUGAAUAUUUAGUGUCUUAGGAAAUCUAAAAGCUUGGUUAGACUAAUAGAUGCACACUUCAGACCUCAUAUAAAAAUAAUCAAAUUUCCUAAAACCGGAAAAUAAAUUCAGCUAAGCCAUCAAAUAGUGUUGGCAAAUGACUACUUGAUCAGACACUCGGGGCAGACUUUCUGGGUUAUUGUUCCUCUGUCUUCUAAAUGCAGACAUUUUCUAAGUCUUAAUAUUCAGACCUCUGAUCCUGAUCUUCUCUCUCAUUGGAGUAUCAUUGUCUGUAUUAUUUUAGCUAUCUUAUGAGAAUAACUUCCAAAUCUGUCUUCCCAUCUCUGACAUAUCUUCAAGAUUCAAUUUUGCAUUUCUGUCUGCUGAUCAUCUACGUUAGUGUUCCAAUGGCCACUCGCAUUUGGCAUCUUAAAAAUCCUAGAUUUCUCUGUGGCAUUUUUAUGGUCCCAGUCAUCAUCCUUGAAAUCCAUCAGUUUUGAUUUGUUUAAAUUCCUUGCCAAAUACAUUCCAUAUAGUAUCUCUCUUAGUCUAUUUGGGCUGCUAUAACAAAAUACCACAGACUGGGUGGCUUACAAACAACAGAAAUUUAUUUCUCACGUUUCUGGA